AUGCCCAUGUAUUGUGCAGUUUUCUCGGGCUCUGUAGAUCCCAGGCCCUUAGAUGAGGAAUGCACUUCUCUAACCAACCCCAAACUAUAUGUUCCUGGAUUUGUGCGUCUGGUUGGUGGGGAUGGACCCUGCUCAGGGCAAGUGGAAGUGCAUUCUGGAGGAGACUGGACUCCAGUGUCUGUUGGGAACUUCACACUUCCCACUGCCCAGGUCAUCUGUGCAGAGCUGGGGUGUGGCAAGGCUGUGUCCGUCCUGGUAGAUGUGCCCUUCAAAGUGUCAGAUGGACGAGUCUGGGCUGAAGAGUUCCGGUGUGAGGGGAAGGAGCCUGAACUCUGGUUCUGCCCCAGAGUGCCCUGUCCAGGAGGCACUUGCCACCACAGUGGGGCUGUUCACAUUGUCUGCUCAGUGUACACAGAAGUCCGGCUUGUGAAAAAUGGCACCCCUCAGUGUGAGGGACAAGUGGAGAUGAAUAUUUCUGGAAAAUGGAGAAUGCUCUGUGCUUCCCACUGGAAUAUGGCCAAUGCCAAUGUUGUCUGUCAUCAGCUUGGCUGUGGAGUUGCCACCUCUACCCCAAAAGGAGCAUACUUUGUGGAAGGAGGUGAUCAGAUCUGGAAAGCCCAAUUUCACUGCUCAGGGGCUGAGUCCUUCUUGUGGAAUUGCCCUAUGACUGCCCUGGGCAUUCCUGACUGUACCCAUGGAAACACAGCCUCUGUGAUCUGCUCAGGAAACCAGACCCAGCUGUUGGCCCAGUGCAACGACUCCAUGUCUGAACCAGCAGGAUCUGUAGCCUCAGAGGAGAGCGCUGCCAACUGCUCAGAGAGCAGACAGCUCCGCCUGGUGGAUGGGGGUGGUCCCUGUGCCGGCAGAGUGGAGAUCCUUCACCAGGGCUCCUGGGGCACCAUCUGUGAUGACAGCUGGGACCUGAACGAUGCCCACGUGGUGUGCAGACAGCUGGGCUGUGGAGAAGCCCUCAACGCCACAGUCUCUGCUCACUUCGGGGCGGGAUCAGACCCCAUCUGGCUGGACGACCUGAACUGCACAGGAAAGGAGACCCACGUGUGGAAAUGCCCUUCCCGGGGCUGGGGGCAGCAUGACUGCAGGCACAAGGAGGACGCAGGGGUCAUCUGCUCAGAGUUCCUGGCCCUCAGGAUGGUGAGCGAGGACCAGGAGUGUGCUGGGUGGCUGGAAGUUUUCUACAACGGGACCUGGGGCAGUGUCUGCCGCAGCCCCAUGGAAGCCAUGACCUUGUCCAUGAUCUGCAGACAGCUUGGCUGUGGGGACAGUGGGACCCUCAACUCUUCUCUUGCCUUUAGAGAAGGUUCUAGACCCCGGUGGGUAGAUGGAAUCCAGUGUCGGAAAACUGAUACCUCUCUCUGGGAGUGUCCUUCUGACCCUUGGAAAUACAGUUCAUGCCUUCCAAGACAGGAAGCUUAUAUCAUGUGUACAGGAAUGAGACCCAAGAGCUGUCCAACUGCUGCCCCCUGCACAGACAAAGAGAAGCUCCGACUGAGGGGAGGAGACACCAAGUGCUCAGGGAGAGUGGAGGUUUGGCACGAGGGCUCCUGGGGCACCGUGUGUGAUGACUCCUGGAGCCUGGCAGAGGCCGAGGUGGUGUGUCAGCAGCUGGGCUGUGGCUCUGCCCUGGACGCCCUGCCGAGGGCGGCGUUUGGCCCAGGAAAUGGGAGGAUCUGGCUGGAUGAGGUGCAGUGCAGGGGCAGGGAGUCCUCCCUGUGGGCCUGUGCUGCGAAGCCCUGGGGGCAGAGCAACUGCAAGCAUGAGGAGGAUGCUGGAGUGAGGUGCUCUGGUGAAAGAACAACAUUGCUCCCCACUACAGCAGGGACCAGACCAGGCGCCCAUCCUGUCUCUGCCAUCUUCUCCCUGCCUGGGAUCCUCUGCCUCAUCCUGGGGGCCCUUCUCUUCCUGGUCCUUGUCAUCCUGGUGACUCAGCUGCACAGAUGGAGAGUGGAGCGCAGAGCCUUGGCCAGUUUCGAAGAUGCUGUUGAUCAGCCUGUGUACGAGGAGAUUGAUUCUCUUGUAACAAUGAAGAUGAAGGAUCUGCUGGGCAGCCCAGAACCCCCACCUCCGAGGACUGAUGCCCCUAGUGAGGGUUAUGAUGAUGCUGAAGAGGUACCAGUGCCUGAGGCUCCUCCUGCCUCUCAUAUGAGUGAGGGGGAUGUGCCCCCAGAAGAGGAGAAUGGCAUGAGGGCCUCUCAGACAGGCUCUUCUCUACAGUUCCCUAAAGAGGCGGCUGAUCCUGGGAAAGGAGAAGAUAGCCCUUGGCUGCUCCAGGGGGAAGAAGAGUACCCUGGGUAUGAUGAUGUUGAGUUAAGUGCCCCUGGAAAAUCUACAGUGGCUUCCCUGUGAUGCUGUACAAAAAUGAAAUGAGGCCACA